AUGGAAUGUUUACAGAAUCAAUUUGAACCUGCAAUAUCCGAGAGCAUUGGUCCUGUACAAAGUCUCAUUGCACCCAAUCAUCUGGCAGAGUUUAUUUGGAAAGGAUGGAUUGCUUUCGAGUCAGAAGUAUUACAAGAUUCGACUGUGGCAAACUUUUACUCGUGGGGACCACGUGCUAAGGCCACUAUCGAUCGAAUGAAAUUAUUGGAAGCAUUCUGUAGAAUCAAUGGAAGUGAAUGUGCACAAUGGAAAUAUCACCUGCAAGACGCAACAAACGCAUCAUCAAACAGCGCUGAAACGCAACGCGAAUAG